UCUUCCUGGAUAUACAAACAAAUGGCAAACAGCAGAGGAACUCCACUCAACUGGCAAGAAUAUUUAUUACAAGUAAAGAAACCAACCAGACAGACAAUCAGACGCCGAAAAGCCGAAAACCCCCCCAAAAAAACAGAAGACUUCUCUCUGUUUCCAUUAUUCUGAUGACGCGUUACAAGACACGCAAGCUUCCAAACCCGAUAUUAUUAAAAAUUCAAUCAAAUAGAGUAGAACAAUAUUAGAAGAAAGAAAAGUUUUUGCCCUGUUCUUAAGAGUCAAAAUAAAGCCAACUUCUCAUCCCAAGUUCAAAUCUUUUUAACUUCAGCGAAUAUCUUCCCCUGUUCUGUCUCCAUCUUUGCCGCCUUCUCUGCUAUUUGGUUCUUUCUUUUUUAUCCCCUUCAAUCUGGCUCUUGUAAUAAUUCAAGAGUCUCCAACUGGCGCUUCGGCAAAACCGAUAUUGAGAGUUCUCCUCCGUCUUGUUUAAAUUUAUGCCCGUAAUAUUCACACCAACUACAAGAAAGCUUGGCAUCAUUACUGGAAAGAAUCACCAUGAAUGGAAAAGCAAGCGUGUCCAAAGAACUCAAUGCAAAGCACGUCAAGAUUCUUGAGGGACUUCUGAAACUGCCAGAGAACCGAGAUUGUGCUGAUUGCAAAAGCAAGGGUCCAAGAUGGGCUAGUGUGAAUCUGGGUGUAUUCAUAUGUUUACAAUGUUCUGGGAUCCAUAGAAGCCUUGGAGUUCACAUAUCAAAGGUUAGUUUAUCAAUACUUGUGAGGUGUAUUUGGUCCAAAUUGCUUGCGUUUUUGCCUCAGCUUGUAGUUACUUACUUGGUAUGGAAUGAGACUAGGAUGGUUGCUGUAACUUUUGAUUCAGCAUCUGUACAGAUGCAGAGCAUUGUUCACCGAGUUUUUUUUAUCAAUCUGCUGCAUUUUUGUGCUUAAUCUGCUGAUACUAGUACCGACAUUGUUCCCGUAUAAUUGCUGAACUUGAUGCAGGUGAGAUCUGCCACUCUUGAUACAUGGCUUCCGGAUCAAGUUGAAUUCAUUAAAUGUGAGCCUAACUUAAUUUUCACCUCAGCAUUCAUGAUUGUUUAGGUUUUAAUGUUGGCCUCAUUUUAUUUGUGCUUCUUUCUAGCCAUGGGAAAUGAGAAGUCAAAUAGCUACUGGGAAGCUGAACUGCCUCCAAGAUAUGAUAGAGUUGGCAUUGAAAAUUUCAUCCGUGCAAAGUAUGACGUUGCUCGAUUGGUACAUGAGCCUACUAGGAUUCAUAUUAACUUGGUUCACUUGUCAGGUUAUAUAUUGAUGUUGGAAUUCCUUUAAUGGUUUUACGCUUAUUCUCCCUGUUAUGCGUCAGAUAUGUUGAAAAAAGAUGGAUCCCGCGAGAUGUAAAAGGGAAAUCGUCUGCACCUGUGAGAGAAGAGAGAAUCCCAGAUGCCAAGCCUGUUCCAGAAAUUAGAAGUGCUGGAUAUGCCAAGCGUAGUGACCCCCCAGCCUUGCUGAAUGGCAGCAACUUUGUUGUUCCUAAACUGCCUAAACCGAUCAAUACAACAAACGUACAGCAGGUUGCUUCGGCUGUCAAGCUGCAUGAAGUCCACCAGAAAUCACAGCCACCAGACUUCGAGUUGAAGGAAGAAAAACAGGGUGAAAUGGCCAUCCAAUUGGAGUCUGCAUCUAAGGUUAAUUAUGCCACUGAUGUUUCUAAUAAGCUUCCCAGAGAGGAAACUAAACAGAAUAACUCUGGAGUGUCUAAUACUGAGAAACAGCAAAAGGAGCGUGUAUAUCCUGAUAAAGCGGGUCUGCCUGCUGCUGAAACUCCACCAACAAUGGACUCCAAAGUUGUGACUCCCAUGACCGAAAACAGGAGCAAGUUUGACUCUGGGAUUGAGGAACUCCUUAGAGAUUUUCAGUGGAAUACCCCAGCCAUAGUAGGGAAACCUGUUGAAGAUGCCAAAAAUGAUAUCACAGAAAAGCCUACUGUGGAAGUGUUUCAUCCGGUACAACCACCACCUCCUGCAAAGCUAGCUGAACAAAGGCAUAUUCACACAGCUGCUACCCAAAGGCCUUCGUAUGUGUCUCAGUCUCCUUCAGUCAGUAUGAAUCAAGCCAAUGUCAAUAUCCAAAACUGGGGAAGAAUUAAUAGUCCAACACCCAGAAGAAUGGUUCAACAGACGGGAAGCACUCGGCCUCUGAAUACUCCCGCAGCUUCGACCGGCCUCACUUCAAGCAUGUACAACAGGCAGCCAAUGUCGACUCCGAUAGGUGGAAUAUCUGCUACAGUGGGCAGGCCUUACCCGAUUGUGAAUAAACCGCAGGUUGUUUCACCUCCAUCUGGCCAAGAUUAUGACUUCUCAUUCUUAGUGCAGGGAAUGUACACAAAACGGUGAACCAUUACUUCAAUUCAUUUGUACAUUUUUAGCAUGCGUAACUCUGUAGCUGCAGUAAAUUCAGCGAUUCAUUUUAUCCACAGUGAACUACAAUUUUUUCAUUGAGCUAUUCAUUAUCACUGUUGUACAUAACUCGGACAGGUACAUUUCGUCUGUCAGCUUUUGGUACUUGUGAGUUAUGAACUGUACUGAUGAAUGUGGAUCUCCGUUUAUGUGGUGUGAAGUUGCAAGAUGUUUGUAUUAAUCGGUGCUUCUUCGAGCAAUAUUUCUAAAUGGGUAUUCUAGAAGACUAGAACUGUGGUGGAUGAUUGACGGAUGAAAUUUUGCAGCAGUAGUUUAAAGGAAUGCAAUUAGUGAUUCUCUCUCCUUUUUUUUGUUGUUGUUGAUGCUUGGAAUUUGGAAUUACCUUGAAGCUAUGAAGUAGUGUAAAGAACUACAUGCAAAAAGAGGGAAAGGAAGCGAUUCCAUAAAAGGGUCGGAACCUGAUAGAAUGACUAUAUAGGUUGGGCCAUAAGGGCCCAUGAUCAAUUAUGCAACCCAUUCAAACGAUAUGGGCCUCUUGGCAAGUUGUGACUUCAAUAUUCUCUUUAUUUAGCACGUCUUCUGGUUCAUUUUUGGAGGAGUGACUUUAUAUUUUACUCAUUUCGUUUAGAAUAAUAAUUGUAAAAAAUUUGAGUGUAAGAUGGAGUGAGAGUGUUAAGUUCAAUUAUCUGGAAUAUUACAGCUUACAAAUCUCGUGGAGUCUCAAUUUUUUCCAACAGUUGAGUAGUAGAAAGUCAAAACUCAGACACAUAAAUACCUUCUGGAUGUGGAGUGAUCUUAGUCCUUUUAUGCGUUAGGAAUUUAAAAAAAUGUACUCUUUUUAUCUUAGAAUGAUGGUUCUGAAUAAUAAAUAAUAAGUACUCUCUCCGG